CUUGCGAGCGCGCGCGCUAUAAGAAAGGACACGAGGCAACCCUCAUAUACUUGGAAGAAAGUGAAGGUUGGGUGAGGUUUCAUUGAGUUUCUGGUUUCUUCUCACGGCUUUGGGGCCUGGGCCGCCCGUGUAAUGCGGUGCCCGGGGCUGCGACGGGGAGGUCUUGUUGCCUCUUGGUUGGGAUCACGGCCUUCGUAGUGGCCCUGCGCGCGCUCGGAGGUUUCUCUCUUCAAGUGUCCAGAGCCGCCCACCACCACCCUGUCUGGCUCUACCCCUUGGGUGUCGGCAACAGCGGAACACCAGCUGGCUGCCGUGAAAUCGGACAGAAAGUGUUCUCCGGGUUCUCAGCGGCCCUCCAGGGAAGAGAAAUUGCUCUCCGUGGUAGUUCCUCCAGGAGUGGAAGGGCCCGUCUGUCCCUCGGGCAGCCAUGGCCAUGACCAUGGCCACAAGAGCGCUGGCGCCCACCGAGGUGGGGUUGGGGGACGACUACAAGUACACUGAGCUCCUGGCCAUCUCGCAGCGCUUCAAACAGAGCCCCAAUGAGCCCAUGACCACCUGGAUCCUGCGUGUGUACGACCAAGGUGGUUCAGCCCUGGCCCUGACCGCCCAGGAGCUGACACUGCUGGGCACCCUGACCAGUGAUGCUGUCUUCAACUACCACUGCAAGGGCCUGCAGGGCAGCUGCAAGAUGCUGCUCACCUGGCUGCUGCAGGCCUGGCGCCAGCGCUGGAAGUCCUUCCUGCACUUCGAGGGCGCCGAGCUGCCCUUCCGGCCCUGGGGCACCAUGGAGGAGGGCAUCCAGCUGAUUCGAGAGCUGGGCAUGCUGGCCUGGAUCUACCACGAGCCCACCUCGCCCCCUACACCCGAGGACUUGCCCUUCACGCACCACCUGCAGCGGCACCUGCUGAUGGCUGCACCCCCUGAGCUGCGGGUCACGCUGGUCAGUGUGCUGGUCAAGGGCAUGACAGUGCUGGGGGCGGUGAUGCAGAUCCAGGCCAUCGCCGACAUCGGCCUGCUCUGGCGCCACAAUCAGCCGGGCCGCGCCAAGCUCGUGCUGGGACCCAACCCAACUCGCAAGGACCUCCUGUGCUGGCUCCUGAGCCACGGCGUGCCCAAGGAGAAGGUGUACAAACAGCCCACCAGGGUCCUCCUGGAGCUGUACGUCAAAGAGGCUAAGGGCUGCCAGAGCCAUCUGGCCUACGUGCUGGGGGAGGAGCAGCCUGAGCCCUACUCGGACCAGGCCUGUGGCGAGGAACAGUCCAUGUGCCCUGACUAGGAGCCCGGGAAGGGGGCCCUAUGCUGGGGAGCCAGCAGGGCGGGGAGCUGAGUCCUCGGAGGCAUGAUGCGAAGCCCUGAAGCAUCCCUGAGGUGGACUGAAGGGCCUCCCACCUGCUCUUGAACUUCUGGGGGCAGGUGACCCCCACAUAGUUUUUGAGGAGCCCAGAAGGAUGUGUCCUGGCCCCUAGCCAUGCCAUAGUGUCACCGGCCAGAGCCAGUGGCAGGAAGCAAGCUGGCUGGUGCACAGUGACUCCCUGAAGACCCCAGCAGCCAUACAUUACAGCCCAAGUGGUAUGAUGGGUGGGCACCCACCCCACGGGCCCACAACAUGAAGUUUGUGCCCAUUUUCUUAAGGGCUUUUUGUGUAUUUGUUUUUAAUGCAUUGUUUUUACUUAAUACUUUAAGCAUAUAUGCACUUUGGAACCCUCUUUCCUCUUGUCACAGUUUUUCUCUUAACACUAUUUUUUGUAGCCCUGGCUGGUGUGGCUCACUGGUUGAGUGCUGACCUGUGAACCAAAAGGUCAGCGGUUUGAUUCCCACUUGGCACAUGGCUGGGUUGCAGGCCAGGUCCCCAGUGGGGGCCAUGCAAGAGGUGACCGAUUGACAUAUCUCACAUCGAUGCAUUUCCCUCCCUUUUCCCCUCCCUAAAAAUAAACAAAAUCUCUUGUAAAAAACA